AAUUAACUACAAUACACCAAUAACUAUGUUUAUGUAGGUAUACCCUCCUCCUAUUUCCCAUCAAGCUUCUUGUGCACGACAUUUCCACCUAUCUAUCCUUCUGCACCUACGCUAGCAGGCUUAGGUACAACUGCUGCCAUAAAUCACGAUUCAAGUCAAAUCUCAUAGUGCAAAAGAUUCUUCCGCUGCAUUCUCUGAAGAAUUUGUAAACUUGCGUGAAAGAUACAAGCUCUGAUGACAUAUUGAACCUGUUUACUCGGUUCAUUUGCGUUUAUUAGCAAAUCACCGAUGCCUUUAAUAGCGUCUUGGUUAGCCGUCUAUCUAAAUAUCAUCUGCCUUCUAAACAAUAAAGGCAAAAAAAUUAGCAAGUUCUGUUAUAGAAAAUAAAGAUGCCUGCCGGAGAGUUGAACAAUGAGAUUGUUUCUCUUUUGGACCGUGGUCUGAAUGAAGGAAUAGUUGCAGAUGGUGGCGAAAAAAGGACAGGAAAGAAAUAUUUUCUGCCCGGGGAAUCGUUCAAGAGCUGGGCAAGUUAUGGAAAAGCUCUUCGCCAAACGCCCCAACGGUUCAAAGAUCGGGCGCUUUCUAGGGCAGACGAGAAGAAAGAGACAGAAGAGAUCAGAAAGAGGAGUGAGAAUGAGAUGAGGAGGACGCUCAACUGGUGGGAUUUAACCUGGUUUGGAUUCGGCGCAGUCAUCGGAACAGGGAUUUUUGUGCUCACUGGACAGGAAGCUCACAACGACGCGGGCCCCGCCAUUGUUGUCUCCUAUGCUCUCUCGGGCUUCUCUUGUAUGCUUUGUGUCUUCUGUUACACCGAAUUCGCAGUUGAGAUUCCUGUAGCAGGUGGUUCGUUUGCAUACUUGCGGGUGGAGCUGGGAGAUUUGAUAGCCUUCAUAGCCGCCGGAAACAUAAUAUUGGAAUGCAUUGUCGGCGGAGCUGCGGUGGCUCGAUCCUGGACCUCUUACUUCGCCACUCUACUCAACUACUCCCCCGAUGACUUUCGCAUCCACACAAACCUCGCCUCAGGUUUCAACCUGCUCGACCCCAUUGCCCUUACCGUCGUCCUCUUGGCCUCCCUAACCGCCAUUUUGAGCACACGAGUAACCUCCACACUGAAUUGGAUCGCCUCCAUCGUCAACAGCUUCAUCAUCCUCUUCAUCAUCGUCGCUGGCUUCAUCAACGCCAACACCUCCAAUCUCACUCCCUUCCUUCCCUACGGGGUCAAGGGCGUUUUCAAAGCAGCAGCCAUUGUUUACUUCGCAUACGGAGGUUUCGAGACCAUUGCUACCAUGGCGGAGGAGACGAAAAACCCGUCUAAAGACAUUCCCCUGGGCUUGCUCUGUUCCAUGUCGAUCAUAACCGUGAUAUAUUGUCUCAUGGCACUAGCCCUCGUUCUCAUGCAGAGUUACAUAGAUUUAGACGUCAACGCAGCCUAUUCCUUAGCAUUCCAAAGCAUUGGGUGGAAGUGGGCAAAAUAUAUUGUAGCGCUGGGAGCUCUGAAAGGAAUUACUACUGUUUUACUUGUGGGCGCAGUUGGACGGGCAAGGUAUAUGACACACAUUGCCCGAACGCACAUGAUUCCUCCUUGGUUUGGCUUAGUGAACGAAAAAACUGGUACACCUAUCAAUGGAACGGCAGUCCUGGCAAUUGCCACCGCAGUGGUUGCCUUCUUCUCAAGUCUAGAUGUGCUUUCUAACCUUCUGUCCAUCAGCACUUUGUUCAUCUUCAUGCUCAUUUCUGUUGCUCUGCUUGUUAGGAGACAUUAUGUCAAGGAGAUAACUUGCAGAAAACAUGCUUUUUUGUUGACAACGUUUAUUGUUGUAAUCAUAUGCUGCUCCAUUGGGACUUCGGUAUUUUGGGCUCUGUCCAGCGGAUGGAUUGGAUAUUGUAUUGCUCUUCCUGUAUGGUUUUUGGCCACUGCGGGUUUGGCUGUGUUUGUUCCGCAGUGUAGAGAGGCCAAAGUGUGGGGAGUGCCGAUGGUUCCGUGGAUUCCUUCCUUGUCGAUUUUUAUCAAUGUGUUUCUCAUGGGGUCGUUGGAUUAUGAGUCGUUCAUCAGAUUUGGGAUUUGCACGGCUCUCAUGUUGGUGUAUUAUGUUUUCUUUGGACUCCAUUCCUCCUUCGAUGCGUUUCAUGAUGUGGGUAAUCAGUGAAAUGAUAAUAUAAGAGAAAGUAGUAUGAAGAAAUUUGGAAAUUCGUUUUGCCAGUUUUUGGAAAACUUGCUUAAGAAAAUGUGAUUAUGGUGUCGUCUGGAUAACUUCUCCGUCGUUUUCUUGCUACGAAGAGUAGCUUUCUAUCAAAGAUCAUCUGCCCUCAAAAUCUGGAGGAUCAUUAUCCAACCAACAUCAAGAAUACUAGGAACCAUGCAAUUAUAUUCUAACCAUAUAUUAUUAUGUCAACAGAAUAUACAUCACCAAACAUGUUGUCUCAAAAUGGAUAAUCACAUUACAUAUGUAACCAUUAAAAAUACUAUCAAUCAACAAUUACACCCUUAACAUUGUCAA